AUGGGCACGGGCAUCCUGGCCUCGCUGCUGCUCUGGGUGGUAGCCGAGGCUGCCAACGGGCGGUGGUGCGAGCAGACGGUGCAGGUGACGGAGGAGGAGGUGGUGUCCCCUCGGCGCGAGGACGUGGUGCCCUGCCCCAGCGUGUACCAGUACAGCCUGGAGGGCUGGCGGAUCGACCGGGACCGCAUGCGCCAGGCUUACGGAGGAGACCGCGGCGUUCCCCUUGCCAGCGCCCAGCCCGACUCCGGCACCCCCAUGUGCUACGUCUACAAGCCCCCGGAGACGCGGCCGGCGGUGAGGAACCGCACGGUGCUCGCCUGCUGCGCCGGCUGGAGCGGCCCCCGCUGCACCGAGGGGGAAGGCUCGGUGGGACACUGCUACGCCGGGUGGCAGUGCCAGGACGCCCCGGGCGCCCGCAACCUCUCCGCCGUGAGCAUGGCCGAGUGCUGCCGCCAGCCCUGGGGGCACAGCUGGAGGAACGCCUCCUCGGCGCUCUGCUUCGCCUGCACCCACCAGCCCCUCGCCGGAGACGUGCCCCUGCCCGCAGCUCCGAGGGGCCCGGCCGCACGGCACCAGCAUCCCGCCGCCAGCUGCCUCGCCUGGGCCGGCUCCCGGUACCGCAGCUUCGACGGGCGGCACUUCCACUUCCAGGGCGAGUGCGCCUACAGCCUGGCUGCCUCCGCAGAUGGCACCUGGGCUGUCACCAUCGCCAUGGGCAGCCCGCAGGCGCUGCACAUGACAUUUGGGCUGGACACGGUGGUGGCACGGGGCCGGAACGUCUCCGUGAACGGCGUGGUAGUGCCGGAGGGACAGCCCCACCUGCACAGCGGGAUCAGCAUCACCUGGCUUGGGGACUUCGUGGCCGUGGAGAGCGGGCUGGGCGUGCGCGUGAAGUCGGAUGGGCGCGGGACGACCUACGUGACGGUCAGCGCUGAGCUGCGGGGGAGCACGCGGGGGCUCUGCGGCCCCUACAAUGACGACCCCACCGAUGACUUCCUGCGGGUCGGAGGGGACGUGGCCCCAUUUGCCGCCAGCUUUGGGAACUCCUGGAGGAUCCCUGAUGCCAGCUCUGAGCUCUCUUGCAGGGACGCGGUAGAGCCCGGCCCCAGCUGUGCAUCAGGCAGUGCAGCGCGGCGGGCGGCUGAGGCUGUCUGCGGGGAGCUGCUCGCCGAGCCCUUCAGCCAGUGCCACGGCGCGGUCGAGCCCCACGGCUUCUACGAGGCCUGCCUGGAUGUGCACUGCCGGGAGGGGGGCGCGGGGCCCUCACCGCCCCACGCCGUCUGCGACACCUUUGCGGGCUACGUGCGGGACUGCGCCCAGCGGCAAGCCUACGUCGACUGGCGCCGACCGGGCUUCUGCGAGCGGCAGUGUGGCCGCGGGCAGCGGUACUCGGACUGCGUGUCCUCCUGCCCCGCCAGCUGCGCAGCUGCGGGUGCCGCCGAGGAGGGGCACUGCCGGGACGACUGCGCCAGCGGCUGCGAGUGCGCCCCGGGGCUGUACCUGGCCGGGGGGGCCUGCGUCCCCCAGAGCGCCUGCCCCUGCCACCACGGCCGCCGGCAGUACGCCCCGGGGCAGAGCAUCCGACAGCGCUGCAACCAGUGCACGUGCCGGGGGGGCCGCUGGCUCUGCACCCAGGACCGGUGCGCAGCGGAGUGCGCGGUGCUGGGGGACCUGCACUAUGUCACCUUUGACCACCGGCGCUUCUCCUUCCCGGGUGCCUGCGAGUACACCCUGGUGCAGGACUUUGUGGAGGGGACGCUGCUGAUCACAGCGGAGCAGGAGGCGUGUGGCGGCCGCCAGCCCCUCAGCUGCCUCCGGGCGCUCUCCGUCACCGUGCAGGGCACCUCGGCCCGGCUGCGCAGCACAGGCGAGGUGGAGGUGAACGGGCGGGAGGUGCCGCUGCCCUUCGCCAGCGCCGCGCUGACAGUGCGCCGAGCGUCCUCCUCCUUCCUGCUGCUCCAGGCCUUCGGCACCCACAUGCUGUGGGGGCUGGAGACCCCCACGGCGUACAUCACCCUCCAGCCUGUCUUCGCCAACAAGGUGCGGGGGCUCUGUGGCACCUACAACUGGGACCAGGGGGAUGAGUUCACCACGCCGGCAGGGGAUGUGGAGGUCGGCAUCGCCGCCUUCGCCAACAAGUACCGGGUGUCCAGCGCCUGCCCCGUGCUCGGCCCAGUCCCCUUCGAGCCCUGCAGCACCUACGCCCCGCGGCGAGAGCUCGCGUCCGCCGCCUGUGCCAUCCUGCACGGUGCGCCCUUCCAGCCCUGCCACCACCUCGUGGACAGGGAGCCCUUCCACCAGCUCUGCCUCUACGAUGUGUGCGCCUGCCCGGCCGGCAAGCAGUGCCUGUGCCCCGCGCUGGCUGCCUACGCCCGGCAGUGCGCCCAGGAGGGAGCAGCCCUGUCCUGGAGGAACCAGAGCUUCUGCGGCGUGCAGUGCAGCGGGGGCCAGGUGUUCCAGGAGUGCAGCAGCCCCUGCGGCAGGACCUGCGCCGACCUGCGCCUGGAUGGGGCCGGCUCCUGUCCCGACCUCGAUGGCCUCUGCGUCUCCGGCUGCAACUGCCCCGAGGGGCUGGUGCUGGACGACGGCGGGCAGUGUGUCCCGAAGGAUGUCUGUCCCUGCCAGCACGGCGGCGAGCUCUACCCACCGGGCAGCAAGAUCCGGCAGGGCUGCAAUGCCUGUGUCUGCACCGCGGGCGCCUGGAGCUGCACUGAUGCCCCCUGCCCCGAGGCCGCCUUCUGCCCCGGGGACCUGGUCUAUGCUGUCGGGUCCUGCCUGCGCACCUGCGACAACACCGAGCUCAACGGGACCUGCCCGGGGCUUGCUGACGGCUGCGUCUGCCCCCCAGGCACCGUCUUCCUGGACGAGCGCUGCGUGCCCCCGGAGGAGUGUCCGUGCCAGCACAGCGGGCGGCUGUACCAGCCCAACGACACCAUCGUCAGGGACUGCAACACCUGCGUGUGCCACCGGCAGCGGUGGCGGUGCGGCAGCGAGGACUGCGCGGGGACCUGCGUGGCCACGGGGGACCCGCACUACAUCACCUUCGACGGGAAGGCCUUCUCCUUCCUGGGGGACUGCGAGUACGUGCUGGUGCGCGAGGCCGGCGGGCUCUUCACCGUCACCGCUGAGAACGUGCCCUGCGGCACCAGCGGCGUCACCUGCACCAAGUCGGUGGUGGUGGUGCUGGGCAACACCGUGGUGCACAUGCUGCGAGGGAGGGACGUGACGGUGAACGGGGUCUCGGUGAGGCCCCCCAAAGCCUACAGCGGGAACGGGCUGACGCUGCAGCGAGCCGGCCUCUUCCUGCUCCUGCUGUCCCGCCUGGGGCUGGCGGUGCUCUGGGACGGAGGCACGCGGGUGUACGUCCGGCUGCACCCGCAGCACCGGGGCCGCGUGGCCGGGCUCUGCGGGAACUUCGACCGCGACGCGGAGAACGACCUGGCCAGCCGGCAGGGCGUGCUGGAGCCCACCGCCGAGCUCUUCGGCAACUCCUGGCGCGUCAGCCUGCUCUGCCCCGAGGUGGACGGCGCGGACACGCAGCACCCCUGUGCCGAAAACCCACACCGGGCAACGUGGGCCCGCAAGCGCUGCAGCAUCCUCACGCAGCGGCUCUUCGCGCCCUGCCACGACGAGGUGCCGUGCCAGCGCUUCUACGACUGGUGUGUCUUCGAUGCCUGCGGCUGUGACUCCGGGGGGGACUGCGAGUGCCUGUGCACGGCCAUUGCCACCUACGCCGAGGAGUGCGGCCAGCGCGGCGUCCACAUCCGCUGGAGGAGCCAGGACCUGUGCCCCAUGCAGUGUGACGGGGGGCAGGAAUACAGUGCCUGCGGCCCCCCCUGCCCCCAGACCUGCCAAAACUUCGGCCUGGAGCUGCCCGAGCACUGCGACACCAUGUCGUGCCUGGAGGGCUGCUUCUGCCCCGAGGGGAAGGUGCUGCACGAGGGCAGCUGCAUUGACCCUGCCGAGUGCCCGUGUGUCUGGGAGGGCAUCGCCUUCCCGGCCGGCGCCGGGGUGCAGCAGGGCUGCAGGAACUGCACGUGCGCGGCCGGGCUGUGGCAAUGCGCGCCCACGGCCGAGCCCUGCCCGUCCCAGCCCCGCUGCCCCGACUCGGAGUUCGCCUGCCGCACCAGCGGGCACUGCGUGCCGGGAGCCUGGCUCUGCGACAACGAGGACGACUGCGGGGACGGCUCGGACGAGGUCUGCGCCCCGCGCUGCGCCCCCCACCAGCACCGCUGCGCCGGCGGGCAGUGCGUGCCCUGGGGCGCCCGCUGUGACGGCGUGCCCGACUGCAGCGACGGCUCGGAUGAGCGCGGCUGCCCCCCACCCGCCUGCGCCCCCCCGGAGUUCCGCUGUGCCAGCGGCCGCUGCAUCCCCCGGGCACGUGUCUGCGACGGGGAGCUGGACUGCGGCUUCGCCGACGACUCGGAUGAGGCAGGCUGCAGCCCGACCUGCGGCACCGGGGAGUUCCGUUGUGCAGCAGGGCGCUGCGUGCCCUACCCGCACCGCUGCGACGGGCACGACGACUGCGGGGACUUCAGCGACGAGCGGGACUGCGUCUGCCCCGCCGGCCGCUUCCAGUGCCCCGACGCCCUGUGCCUGCCCCUGGCCGCAGUCUGCGACGGGACGGAGGACUGCACGGCUGGCACGGACGAGGCAUUCUGCCCAGGCCGGGUGACCUGUGCCCCAGGACAGCUCCCGUGCCCCGACGGCUCAUGCAUCGGCCAGGCAAAGCUCUGUGACGGCGUCUGGGACUGCAGGGAUGGCUGGGAUGAGAGCCCUGCACGCUGCAUCGUGUCCUGGGCCACUGCUGUGCCUGCCCACCUGCCCACGGCGCCUGCCAACGGCACAGCAGCGCCCGCGUGUGGGCCCUACGAGUUCCCGUGCCAGAGCGGGGAGUGCACGCCGCGGGGCUGGCUGUGCGACAGCGAGGCCGACUGCCUGGACGGCAGCGACGAGCUGGGCUGCAACCGGAGCUGCGGGCUGGGACACUUCCCCUGCGCCCUGGGUGCCCACUGCAUCCCCCACGGCCACCUCUGCGACGGCGUCCCCCACUGCCCCGACCACUCCGACGAGAGUGCCGACGCCUGCGGCUCUACCCAGAUCCCGCCGUGCCCGGGGCACUUCGUCUGCAACGACCGCGUGUGCGUGAAUGCGUCCAGGGUGUGCGACGGCAGCCUCGACUGUCCCCAGGGCGAGGACGAGCUGGCCUGCGAGGGCCACGCGCCCGCCGAGGGGAGGAACCGGACAGCUGGUCCCUGCACCGAGUACACCUGCGGGGACGGCGAGUGCAUCGCCUUCGAGCAGGUGUGCAACGGGCUGCCGGACUGCGGGGACGGGGACGCGGCCUCAGGCUGGGUGCCCUCGGACGAGCGGGACUGCGGGCACUGGGGUCUCUGGGCACCCUGGGGCGCCUGCAGCCGCUCCUGCGGCCCCGGCCAGCAGCUGCGUGCGCGGGGCUGCAGCCAGCAGGCCCCCGAUGUGCUGCACCAGUGCCACGGCGAGGCCACGCAGGCACGGCCCUGCUUCAGCACCGCCUGCCCCGUGGACGGCGCUUGGAGCGAGUGGGCGACCUGGUCCAACUGCACGCGGGACUGCGAGGGGGUGGUGGUGCGCCAGCGGCACUGCCUGCCCCCCCGGGACGGGGGCCGGCCCUGCGCCGCGCUGCCCGCCGCGGCCCCCGCCACCCUGGAGAUAGGCCCGUGCCAGCAGGAUGGGUGUCCCCCCGCCGCCUGCCCCGGGGGGCUGCAGCACCGUCCCUGCGCCCCCUGCCCCGCGUCCUGCGCUGACCUCGCCAGCCGCGCGCAGUGCCGCCGGGAGAAGCCGUGUGCCCCAGGGUGCUGGUGCCCGGAGGGGCUCGUGCUGGACGGUGAGCGGGGCUGCGUGCGCCCGCGGGAGUGCCGCUGCGAGGUGGAGGGGCUGCGCUACUGGCCGGGGCAGCGCGUGAAGCUGAACUGCCGCCUCUGCACCUGCCUGGACGGGCAGCCCCGGCGCUGCCGACAGAACCCCGCCUGCACCGUGAGCUGCAGCUGGUCCCCCUGGUCGCCCUGGGGCGAGUGCCUGGGUCCCUGCGGCGUGCAGAGCAUCCAGUGGUCCUUCCGCAGCCCCAGCCACCCCGGCAAGCGCGGGGCUGGCCGGCAGUGCCGCGGCAUCUACCGCAAGGCGCGCAGGUGCCAGACGGAGCCGUGCCAGGCGUGCGAGCACCAGGGCCGGUCCCGUGCGCUCGGGGACCGCUGGCGCUCGGGGCCCUGCCGCGUCUGCCAGUGCCUGCCCGGCCCGCAGGUGCGGUGCUCGCCCUACUGCGCCCACAGCGCCGGGGGCUGCCCGCAGGGCCAGGUGCUGGUGGAGGGCCAGGGGGAUUCCUGCUGCUUCUGCGCCUGGCCAGGUGACAAUGUGACAGCUGUCCCCACGGAGCUGACGACGGAGCCUGCCCCCUCCAGCGUGCCGGCAGAGCCCCCCAGCAGCCCGCUGGCCACCUUCCCACUGCCUCCCCCGGGCGACCCCUGCUACAGCCCCCUGGGCGUCGCCUCCCUGCCCGACAGCAGCUUCAGCGCCUCAGCCGCGCAGGAGGAGCACCCGGCCCCCGCCGCCCGCCUGCACCGCGUCUCCCCGGGGCAGGAGCUGCAGGGCUGGGCCCCCCCGGCCGACGUCUUCCCCGGGCUGCCCUCGCAGCCGCCCUUCCUGCAGCUGGACCUGCUGCAGCCCACCAACCUCACCGGGGUGGUGCUGCAGGGGGCAGGUGCCGGCGACGCCUUCGUCACCGCCUUCCAGCUGCAGUUCAGCACCGACGGGAUGCGCUGGCACGACUACCGCCAGCUCUUCCAGGGCAACUUGGACGCCGUCACGCCGGCGGUGCAGCCACUGGGGCGCAUGGUGCAGGCGCAGCACGUCCGCAUCCUCCCUCGCCGCUUCCACAACCGCAUCGUCCUCCGGGCCGAGCUGCUGGGCUGCCCGCCAGUGCCGGUGACCGCGACGGUGACGGCGAUGCCGACCCCACCACCAUGCGGCGCGGGCGAGUUCUGGUGCGGGGACGGCUGCGUGGGGGCGUCCCGGAGGUGUGACGGCGUCGCCGACUGCACUGGGGGUGCCGAUGAGGCCGGCUGCGAGCCCCCCAGCACCGCAGUGCCCACCCAUCCUGCCAGCCCCCCGGCCCCCGCCAGUGCCGGCAUCCUGGGGCUGACCCCGCAGCCGCCUCCAGCCCCCCCGACAGUGGUGAGCCCUGGGGAUGGGGGGGGGACAAGAUGGGCCGGCACCGGAGCCCCCCACCCUGCUGUGCUGGGACCAGCAACGAGUGGGCCACCGUCUGUCCCCACCACCGCUGUGUCCCCCGGGGUGCCACCCCCUGCCAGCCCCCCGUUACCGGGCAUGGCCGCUGUGACCGUGACACCCCCCGCGACGGGACUGCCUGCUCUGCCCCUGCCCCCCACCAGGGUCCCCACCCCGACAGCGGCAGAGCUGCUCCUGCCCCGGCUCCUGUGCCCCCGGGACCAGUUCCCCUGCGAUGUCCUGGGCUGUGUGGACGCGGCCGCAGUCUGUGACGGGCAGCCCGACUGCCUGGAUGGCUCGGACGAGGUGCACUGUGGCACCCCCCCCGCCUCCAGCAGCCCCCCAUCCCCCCUGGUCUGGCCCCCCGGGCCCCCCCCGACCUGCUCCCCCAAGCAGUUCUCCUGUGGCACCGGCGAGUGCCUGGCCCUGGCCAAGCGCUGCGACCUGCACCGGGACUGCGCCGACGGCUCCGACGAGAGCGGCUGUGCUGACUGCAUCCUGUCCCCGUGGGGUGGCUGGAGCGAGUGCAGCCGCUCCUGCGGGCUGGGGGUCACCGCCCGCCAGCGGGCUGUGCUGCGGGGCGCCCUGCCCGGGGGCACCUGCCUGCGCCCCCACCUCGACACCCGCUCCUGCUUCCUGCGUGCCUGCCCAGUGCCCGGCGCCUGGGCUGCGUGGGGCGCCUGGUCCCCCUGCGAUGCCGAGUGCCAGGGAGGGGUGCGGAGCCGCACCCGGAGCUGCACCGACCCCCCGCCCAAGAACGGGGGCCAGCCCUGCCCCGGGGAGGCCCUGCAGAGCCAGCCCUGCAACCUGCAGCCCUGCGGGGACACACAAGAAUGCGGCCCCGGGAUGGUGCUGGUGCGGGCAGAGGACUGCGCGCAGGGCCUGGUGCCCCCUUGUCCCCAAGCCUGCGGGGACCUGGGUGCCACCACGAGCUGCCAGAGCCCCUGCCAGGAGGGCUGCCGGUGCCCGCCGGGGCUCUUCCUGCAGGAGGGCGCCUGCGUCAACGCCAGCCAGUGCCACUGUCACCUGGGCCAGCAGCGCUGGCUGCCCGGCCACGUCUUCCUGAGGGACAACUGCAGCCAGUGCGUGUGCCUGGACGGGGUGGUGACGUGCGAGGACCUGGCCUGUCCCGUUGCCUGCGGCUGGUCCGCCUGGUCGCCGUGGACCCCCUGUGACCGCAGCUGUGGCGCGGGGACGCAGGAGAGGUUCAGGUCCCCUUCCAACCCUGCAGCGGCCCACGGCGGAGCCCCGUGCGAUGGGGAUGCCCGGGAGGUGCGCGAGUGCCACACGCCCUGUGCCCCCGAGCCGAGCAGCGGCUGGAGCGCCUGGACCCCAUGGUCACCCUGCUCCCGGAGCUGCUUCCACCACGUGGACCACCGCGGGCGGCGGCGCCGAUUCCGGCACUGCGAGGGGCCGGGGCCAGUGGGCACCUGUCCGGGGCUGGGGGAGCAGGAGGAGCCCUGCGACACGGCCCCCUGCCCGGUGGCAGGCGUCUGGAUGCCCUGGUCCUCCUGGUCCGAAUGCUCGGCUCCCUGCGACGCCGGCGUGCAGACGCGCAGCCGGGCCUGUGCCCCCCCCGCCUUUGGCGGGGCCGAAUGCGCGGGCCCCCUCCUCCAGACCCGCGACUGCAACGCCCAGCCCUGCGGAGCGCAGUGCCCCGGCAGCAUGCGGUACCGCACGGCCGAGGAGUGCCGGAGCGAGGGGGGGCCCUGCCCGCGGCUCUGCCGGGACCUGGGGCCCGGCGUGGUGUGUGCCGCGCGGUGCCAGCCCGGCUGCCACUGCCCCGCCGGGCUCCUGCUGCAGAACGGGACCUGCGUGCCGCCCGGCCGCUGCCUCUGCCACCACCGCGGCCGCCUCUACCAGCCCGGUGACACCGCCGCCCUCGACGCCUGCAACAACUGCACCUGCAUGGCUGGGGAGAUGGUGUGCGGCACGGAGCCCUGCCCAGUGCCCUGCGGCUGGAGCAGCUGGACGGCCUGGAGCUCCUGCAGCCGCAGCUGCGACGUGGGGACGCGGCGGCGGUACCGGGUGCCUGCUGUGCCCCCCCCGGCCGGGGGGGGCCGCCCCUGCCAGGGACCCAGCAUGGAGGUGGAGUUCUGCAGCCUGCAGCCCUGCCGGGCCGUGGCGCCGUGGGGGCCGUGGUCGGGGUGCUCGGUGCCCUGCGGGGGCGGCUACAGGAACCGCACGCGGGGUGGCUCCCCCCUGCACGGCCUCGAGUUCAGCACCUGCAACCCCGCGCCCUGCCCUGGCGAGGAGCCAGGUGUCUGCCCCCCCGGCAAGCAGUGGCAGCCGUGCGCCCACGUCCCGGCCUCGUGCGCGGAGCUGAGCGCAGCCCCCGCGGCUGGUGGGCACUGCCACCCCGGCUGCUCCUGCCCCACGGGGGCCCUGCUGCUGAACGAUGAGUGCGUGGCCGAGGAGGCAUGUCCCUGUGCCCUGGACGGCGUGCUCUACCUGCCCGGGGACGCCGUGCCCCGGGGCUGCCAGAACUGCUCCUGCAUCGCCGGCCGGGUCACCAACUGCUCCCAGGUGGCUUGUGGUGACGAGGGUGAGCUCCAGACCCCCUGGACCCCCUGGACCCCCUGGAGCGAGUGCUCGGCCUCCUGCGGGCCGGGCCACCAGCGCCGGUACCGCUUCUGCACCCCGCAACCCGGGGCACCCUGCUCCGAGCCGCAGUCCGAGGAGCGCUCCUGCAUCCUGCAGCCCUGUGCCUCUCCCGACUGCGCCGCGGUGCCGGGCUCAGUGUUCAGCCCCUGCGGCCCCCCCUGUCCCCGCUCCUGCGAUGACAUCUCGCACUGCGCCUGGCGCUGCCAGCCCGGCUGCUACUGCACCGGGGGUGCACUGCUGGACGCGCUGGGCACGGAGUGCGUGGCCCCGGAGAACUGCACCUGCCUGGACCUGCGCUCCGGGCAGCGGCACCGGCCCGGCCACAGCGUGCCCCGCGGGGACGGCUGCAACAACUGCACCUGCACCCGAGGGAAGCUGCUCUGCACCGGCCUGCCCUGCCCUGUGCCCGGCGGCUGGUGCGAGUGGUCCCCGUGGACGCCGUGCUCGAGGACGUGCGGUGAGGAGGCCACCACGCGGCACCGCGCCUGCUCCUGCCCCACACCGCAGCAGGGGGGCCCCGGCUGCCCCGGGGGGCAGGAGGGGCUCGGGGACGCCGGGACCCAGCUGCAGCGCAAGGAGUGCCCCAACGCCCCUCCCUGCCCCGAGGACGGGGCCUGGGGUGCCUGGGGGCCGUGGUCGCAGUGUGGGGGCUGCGGGGGGCAGGCGCUGCGCACCCGCGCCUGCUCCGGGCCCCCGGCACGCUUCGGUGGCCAGCCUUGUGCCGGCGAGGCGCGGCAGAGCCGGCCCUGCCCGCGGGGUGCCAGCGGCUGCCAAGGUUGCGGCGGAGACCUGGUGGCCUUCGCCUGCGGCAAGCCUUGUCCCCGCUCCUGCGCGGACCUGCGGGAGGACACGGCCUGCCUGGACGGGCCCCGCUGCCAGCCCGCCUGCGCCUGCCCCCCCGGGCUGCUGCUGCAGGAUGGUGCCUGCGUCCCCCCGGAGCGCUGCCGCUGCCCACGGGGGACCCCCGAGGAGGGGAGCGCCUGGGGCUGGGACGGGGCAGCCCCCGUGCAGGAGCUGCAGCCUGGCGAGACCUUGCAGAGACCCUGCCAGAACUGCACGUGUGAGGCAGGGGCGCUGAGGUGCCAUGCCGACCCUGAGUGCCGCGUGGACGGGGGCUGGAGCCCGUGGGGGCCCUGGUCCCGCUGCUCCCCCGGCUGCCGCGCCGGCACCCAGGCCGCCUCCCGGCAGUGCAGCAACCCCACGCCACAGCACGGGGGCCGGGGCUGCCCCGGGCACAGCCAGCGCCAGCGGCCCUGCCCCGCCGCCGAGGGCUGCCCAGAAGAGGAGCCGUGGGGCGAGUGGUCCCCGUGGGGGCCCUGCAGCGUCUCCUGCGGCGGGGGCGAGCAGCUCCGCCAGCGGGACUGCCCCCCCCCAGGGGGGUGCCCGGGGCUGGCCCUGCAGAGCAAGACCUGCAACACCCACGUGUGUCGGGAGGCGGGGUGCCCGCCGGGGCGGCUGUACCGCGAGUGCCAGCAGGGCGAGGGCUGCCCCUACAGCUGCGCCCACCUCGCCGGCCGCAUCGCCUGCUUCUCCGGGGGGUGCCAGGAGGGCUGCCACUGCCCCACCGGCACCCUGCUGCACCGCGGACAGUGCCUACAGGAGUGCCCGUGCGUGCUGACGGCCGAGGUCCUGCGGGAGCUCCAGAACAGCUCCGCAGACCCCCAGGAGGCCCCCACCCUCCUGGGCACCCAGGGGCCGCCCCUCACGCUGGACCAGGAGGUGCCUCCCGGCAGCACCCUCCACUCCCCCUGCACCACCUGCACCUGCCUCCACGGCCGGCUGAACUGCUCGCAGCCCCUGUGCCCGCGGGACGGGGGCUUCGCGCCCUGGGGCCCCUGGAGCAGCUGCUCACGGAGCUGCGGGGGCCUGGGGGUGAGGACCCGUCAGCGGGGCUGCACCAGCCCCUCACCUGCCCGGGGGGGCCGGGACUGCGCCGGGCCCCGCUCCGACAGCAAGUACUGCCAGAGCCCCGAGUGCCCGGCUGUGGCCGUCCCCACAGAGGAGCCCAGCCCCAGUGUCCCAGGUGCUGAGGAAGAGGAGGGCUUCGGCCCCUGGUCCCCCUGGAGCCCCUGCUCCAAAACCUGCACCCGCCCCGAGCGCCCGGCCACCAAGACCCGCGAGCGCUUCUGCACCGGGGCCGCCAACUGCAGCGGGGAGAGCUUCCAGAAGCAGCCCUGCAACCUGCCCCACUGCUCAGACGCCCCCCCAUGCCAGGGUGAGGACUGUGCCGGCCUGAACUGCUCGUGGACGCCGUGGGGUCCGUGGGCCGAGUGCUCCCGCAGCUGCGGCGUGGGGCUGCAGCAGCGCCUGCGUGCAUACAGCCCCCCCGGCACAGGGGGCCGCUGGUGCCCGGGCAUCCUCAGCGCCUACGUGCAGCGCCGCUUCUGCAACCUCCAGGCUUGCAAAGUGGACGGCGCCUGGUCGGCGUGGAGCCCCUGGUCCCGCUGCGACCGGACGUGCGGGGGAGGCCGCGCCGUGCGCUCCCGCUCCUGCACUCGUCCCCCCCAGAACGGGGGGCAGCGCUGCCCGGGCGAGCGGCACCACCUGCGCCUCUGCAACCCCCAGCCCUGCGGGGCCGGCUGCCCCCCCGGCAUGGCCCCGGUGGCUUGUGCCAGCCGCUGCCCCCGGCGCUGCGAGGACCUGCAGGAGGGCAUCGCCUGCGGGGAUGAGGAGCGCUGCGAGCCCGGCUGCCGCUGCCCCAACGGCACGCUGGAGCAGGAUGGGGGCUGCGUGCCCCCCGCGCACUGCGAGUGCACCGACGCCCAGGGCCACAGCUGGGUGCCGGGCAGCACCCACCACGACGGCUGCAACAACUGCACGUGCCGGGAGGGCCGCCUGCGCUGCACCGACCGCCCCUGCCCGCCGCCGCACUGCCCCUGGAGCCGCUGGUCCCGCUGGUCCCCGUGCAGCGUCACCUGCGGGGACGGCCAGCAGACGCGCUUCAGGACCCCCACGUCAGGCUCGUGGGAAGACGAGUGCCAGGGGGAGCAUGUGGAGAGCCGGGGCUGCGCGGCGGGGCCCUGCCCGCCCCUGUGCCCCCAGGAGGGCUGGGAGAGGCGCCUUGGGGACACGUGGUGGCAGGGCGAGUGCCAGCAGUGCACCUGCACCCCGGAGGGCACGGUCUGCGAGGACGCCUCCUGUGCCGGGCCCGAGCAGUGCACGUGGGGUGCGUGGAGCCCCUGUUCCCAGACCUGUGGCACCGGCCUGGCCACCCGGCAGGGUUCCUGCCCCUGCCCGACCCCCGGGACCCCCGGUGCCCCCUGCAACGACAGCACUGGGACUGGAGCCAGCCCGCGCCGGGAGCUGGAGGCUUGUUACCUGCAGCCCUGCCCAGACGAGUGUUCCUGGAGCCCCUGGAGCCCCUGGAGCUCCUGCUCCUGUAGCUCCCCGCUGCAGCACCGACACCGGCACCGGCACGGCCCCGGCACCUGCGUGGGGCUGGACGGGGAGCUCCGCGACUGCGACACCUCGGGGUGCUCGGAAGCCAGCUGUGAGCCCCCCUUCGAGUUCCAGCCCUGCGGCCCCCCCUGUGCCCAGCUCUGCUCCUCCCUGCAGCACCCGCAGCUGUGCCCGGCCCUGCCCCGCUGCCUGCCCGGCUGCUUCUGCCCCCAGGGGCUGCUGGAGCAGCGCGGAGCCUGCGUGCCCCCCGAGCAGUGCGACUGCCUGCACACCAACGGGUCCAGCGGCCCCGUGGCCCUGGCUCCAGGGAGCAUCGUCCUGCUGGGCUGCAAGAAGUGCGUGUGCCAGGACGGGGCCCUGCGGUGCAGCAGCGAGGGCUGCCAGGGGCUGCUCCCGCUGAGCCCCUGGUCGGAGUGGGCGCCCUGCAGCCCCUGCCUGCCCCUGCCCGCACGGCUCCUGCCCCAGCCCGAGGAGGCCCCGGGGGACGUCGUGCCCCAGGUUUCGCUGCAGCACCGCUACCGAGCCUGCCUGGACCCCGAGACCGGCCUGCCCUGGGCCGGCGAUGCGGCUGCUUGCUCAGCUGAGCUGCGGCAGGAGCGGCUCUGCCCGGACCCCCACGUCUGCCAAGAGCUCUGCCUCUGGGGCCCCUGGGGGCCCUGGGGGCCCUGCCAGCAGCCCUGCAGCGGGGGCUUCCGCCUGCGACACCGCCACCUCCAGAACCCAGCGGGCAGCGGGCAGUGCCCGGGGGCGAGCUCCCAGAGCGAGAGCUGCAACACUGCCGUCUGCCCAGGAGAGGUGUGCGAGGACCGGGGCAAGGCGCUCGCUGCUCCCUGUGCCAACGACUGCCCCCGCGCCUGCGCCGACCUCUGGCACCACGUGGAGUGCGUGCAGGGGGGCUGCAAGCCAGGGUGCAGGUGCCCCCCGGGGCAGCUGCUGCAGGACGGGGCGUGCGUGCCCAUCGCCGAAUGUCGCUGCGGGCUGCCCGGGGCCAACAGCACCCACGAGGUCCGGCCAGGGGAGGCAGCCGAGGUGGAGUGCCACAACUGCACCUGUGUGAACGGGACCUUGGCGUGCCCGGUGUUGGCGUGCCCGUCCUACGGGCCCUGGUCUGCCUGGAGCCCCUGCUCCAGCAGCUGCGGGGGUGGCCGCACCUCCCGGCACCGUGCCUGCCUGCCGAGCCCCGGUGGGGUGUCCUGCACGGACACCGGCACCCAGGAGACGGCCGAGUGCAGCCCCCAGCCCUGCCCCGACGGGUGCCAGCUGAGCCCCUGGUCCCCCUGGAGCCCCUGCAGUGCCAGCUGCGGAGGGGGCAGCUCGGAGCGGCGCCGGGAGCUGCUGGGAGGCGAGGAGGAGCCGUGCCCGGUCCCGGUGCUGCAGCAGCACCGCGUCUGCAACGCCCACAACUGCACGCCGGAGUGUCCCCGCAGCCAGGUGUACGGGGACUGCGCCAACGCCUGCCCCCACGCCUGCGCCCACCUCCGCCCGGGGACGCAGUGCCUGCAGCAGCCCUGCCAGCCCGGCUGCGCCUGCCUGCCCGGACAGGUGCUGCAGGACGGCGCCUGUGUGCCCCCCGAGGAGUGCCGCUGCGUGCUGGACCCCACCGUGCCCUGGGCACUCAACCUCUCGCGGGAGGAGCAGGAGCAGGAGCACGCGCCGGGCAGCCGCCUGCAGCACCGCUGCAACAGCUGCAUCUGUCUCCGCGGCACCUUCAACUGCUCCCAGGAGGACUGCAGUGUGGACUGCCUGUGGUCCCCGUGGUCGCCUUGGUCCCCCUGCUCGGUGACGUGCGGGGCGGGCGAGCGGCUCUCCCGCAGGCACCCGCUCCGGCAGCGCCUCUACGAGGGGGCAGAGUGCCUGGGGCCCCCCCUGCGCCGGGCUCCCUGCUACCUCCCCGACUGCGCCUGCCCGGAGGGUGAGCACUGGCAGGACCCCAGGGUGCAGGGCCCCGGGGUGCCCCCAGGCUGCGAUCGGAGCUGCACGGACAUCCCCAGUGAGGCCCCCCCUGGCUGCAGCGCGGCCCCGGCCCCCAGCUGUGCCUGCGAGCCCGGCCGCUACCGCAACAGCAGCGGCCGCUGCGUGCCCGCCGCGCUCUGCGAGUGCCUGCACCGGGGGCAGCUCCAUGAGCCUGGCAGCGAGUGGCAGGAGGAGUGCGCGAGGUGCCGCUGCGUGGACGGCAGGGCUGCCUGCACAGAUGGCUGCCCCCCGCUCUCCUGCCCCGAGGGCGAGGUGAAGGUGCGGGAGCCAGGACGCUGCUGCCCUGUCUGCAGGAUGGAGUGGCUGGAGGAGCCAUCCUCCAUGUGCCAGCGCUUCACCGAGCUGCGCAACAUCACCAAGGGGCCCUGCUCCCUGCCCGGGGUGGAGGUCAGCUACUGCAGCGGGCGCUGCCGCUCCCGCACCGCCGUCACCCCCGAGGAGCCGUACCUGCAGACGCUGUGCGAGUGCUGCAGCUACCGCCUGGACCCCGCCAGCCCCGUCCGCAUCCUCAGCCUGCCCUGCGCCGGCGGCACGGUGGAGCCGGUGGUGCUGCCCGUCAUCCACAGCUGCGAGUGCAGCAGCUGCCAGGGGGGGGAUUUCUCCAAGCGCUGACGUCCUGGCUGGCUGGACGCUCCUCCUGUGUGACGGUGGUGGAGGACCCCACGGCACCCCGGCUCCCUGGCCCCCCAGCCCUGCAAUAAAACCACAAACACCCAGCUCGCCUGUGCCUUGGUGGGAGUGGGAAAUGGGGAGGUGGGAGGGAGCAGGGUGCUGCACUGGGGGGGUGGAUGGGGAUGGGGAUGGAUG